AUGGAUCGCGCUAGGGGCAGUUCAUCGGAUCGUGGUGCAAGUUCGUUGUCGAUUCAACUGCAAGCAUCGCAAUCGCAGUCUAAAACUGUAGAAGGAAUGGGUAAAUAUGAGGAUAUCACUGCACACGACCACUCUCAAACUAAAGAAGAUCGGAAUGCUAAAAUUGAUCAAUUGACAUUAAAUCUGGAAAAUAUACAACAUCCAGAAAGUGAUGCAAGUCAGGGAACUAAAGCGAUGAAACAUCGUCGUCGAAGACGUACCAGUUCAUUGCCGAUUCAACUAGAAACAUCGCAACCGCAGUCUGAAACUGUGGAAGGAAUGGGUAAUUAUGAGGAUGUCACCGCAAACGACCACUCUCAAACUAAAGAAGAUCGGAAUGCUCAAAUUGAUCAAUUGACAUCAAAUCUGGAAGAUGUACAACAUCUAGAAAGUGGUGCAAGUCAGAUAACUAAAGCGGGAAAACAUCGUCGUCGAAGACGUUACAGGAAGAAGGAUGUAUCGAAGAGUUCUCAACUGAAUGUCGAAGCGAAUUGUCAAUUUCCACAAGAGGUUGUUCAUCGAACGUUGUAUGAUUUUAUAGCAUAG